UGUUACAUAUGCUACUGUAUGCAUGUACUUAUAAUAAGGUAUCAUUGCGAAUAAAUGUCAGUGCGUAUCUGAGCAGCCUUCGUUUCACUCGUCCCGUUCCGAUAUCCAACAGUGGCGACGAUCUACCCGCGUGUUCAAAAAAGUGACUAGUGGCCGACAUGAAUUCGUCUCAAAUCGGGAUUUUGACGAAUUUUGACCACAACACACAAACGUGGAAAGUGUACAAAGCGCGUAUACAACAGUGGUUCAUAGCUAAUGGCAUCGAUGAACAAAGUGACGCGACCGGAACGAAGCGACGGGCAGUUUUGCUGAGCGCACUCAGCGAUGCCACUUACAAGUUGGCAUCAGAUUUGGCAUUGCCGAAAGAUCUCCAAGUUGUUCCAUUUGCCGACAUAUGUUCGCUUUUGGACCGUCAUUUUACACCAACAACUUGUGGGUUUCACGAGAGAUUUAAAUUUUAUUCGGCGGUGCAAAAUGAAGGGGAGACCUACCCCCAAUAUGCGGCAAGACUUCGCGGCCUAACGGCAGAAUGCGGGUUUCUAAACGUGGAGGAAGCAUUGAGAGACAGAUUUGUAAUGGGAAUGCUUCCAGGAUCGGAGCGAGAAAAAUUAUUCGCUCAGAAACCAGCUGAUUUGACUCUUUCUAAGGCGGUAGAACUGGCAGAAAGCAGACGUUGUGCCCGCGCAGGGGCAACCACGGUAACCGGGCAGGAGCCGUCGAGCGCUAAUCAAAUGUUCAAGAUUGCAUCGAAAGAUCAAAAAAGUGCUAAAGUGUUGUGUUCCGUUUGUGGUUUUAACAAUCACACGGCCGAAAAGUGUCGUUUUGCUAACCAUAAGUGUCGAAAAUGUAAUGUUAAAGGUCAUUUGCGCCGUAUGUGCAAAAAAAUUAAUUACGUAAGUGAGGUCUGCGGGGACGAUGACGGCGAUGACGUGUUCACAGAGUAAAUCCUAUGGUGGGAAAAAACGGCCUGUUUUUAAACCUGGUGAUUAUGUAAUGUAUAAAAAAAAUUAUGGCAACAAAAAAUUUACUUGGAAUAAAGGUAUAAUAGUAAAACAGAUAGGUAGAAC